UCGGAGAGCAGAGAGCCGAGCGAGCUGGGGAGAGCAGACAAGUUUGAAGGGGAGGGCAGGCAGAGUCAGCAGCCCCCGGGGCGCUCCUCUCCCACAGCCCAUCCCUUUCCCCUCUUUUUCCCCAGCUUCCCUCUCUGCCCUUCGUUAUUUCCCCGAAAACCCCUUAUUUAGCCAAAGGAAGGAGGUAAGGGGAAUCCUCUCCCCUCCCCCCCUCCAAAAAACCCCCCAAUUUUCCAGUCCGGAGAUCGCAGGGGCGCGAGUGGGCACCCAGCUGGCCAUGGAGCUGCUGUGCGGAGAGGUGGACCCGGUCCGCAGGGCCGUGCCGGACGCCAACCUGCUCCACGACGACCGCGUGCUGCAGAACUUGCUGACCAUCGAGGAGCGCUACCUUCCCCAGUGCUCCUACUUCAAGUGCGUGCAGAAGGACAUCCAGCCCUACAUGCGCAGGAUGGUGGCCACCUGGAUGCUGGAGGUCUGUGAGGAGCAGAGGUGCGAAGAAGAGGUCUUUCCUCUCGCCAUCAAUUACCUGGACCGCUUCUUGGCCGGAGUCCCGACUCCGAAGACCCAUCUGCAGCUUCUGGGGGCCGUGUGCAUGUUCCUGGCUUCCAAGCUCAAAGAGACCAUCCCGCUGACCGCUGAGAAGCUGUGCAUUUACACGGACAACUCCAUCAAGCCUCAGGAACUGCUGGAGUGGGAGCUGGUGGUGCUGGGCAAGUUGAAGUGGAACCUGGCGGCCGUCACCCCCCACGACUUCAUUGAGCACAUCCUCCGCAAGCUGCCUCAGCCCAGCGAGAAGCUGUCCCUGAUCCGCAAGCACGCUCAGACCUUCAUUGCUCUGUGCGCCACCGACUUCAAGUUCGCCAUGUACCCGCCGUCGAUGAUCGCAACUGGAAGCGUAGGAGCCGCCAUCUGUGGGCUCCAGCAGGACGAGGACGUGAGCUCCCUCACGGGCGAUGCCCUAGUGGACCUUCUGGCCAAGAUCACCAACACCGACGUGGAUUGCCUCAAAGCCUGCCAGGAACAGAUUGAGGUGGUGCUGCUGAACAGCCUACAGCAGUACCGUCAGGACCAGGGCGACGGGUCCAAGUCGGAGGACGAGCUGGACCAAGCCAGCACCCCUACGGAUGUGCGGGAUAUUGACCUGUGAGGAUGUCGGGCAGGCCGGAUGGGAGAGAAGCGUCCACUCUGCUCUCUCCUUCUCUCUGGUUGUGUUUUGUUCUCUUAUGUUUUAGGAUGAAACUUAAAAAAAAAAAAAAAAAAAAAAAGUCUGCCCCCACCUAGAUCAUAUGGAAAGAUCUUUUAGAAGUGAGAGAUAAAGGUCCUAUAAAAACGGAAUCAUUAAAAGCAUUUGGUGCCUAUUUGAAGUACAACAGAAGGGAAUCCCGUAUAUAUGCGAACAGUUACUGUUUGAUGAUGUUAAAAGUCAUAGUAAAAUGCUUACAGGAAAACCUGCAGAGUAGCUAGCGAAAAUGUAUGCCUGCACUAUGGGAACAAAUUAGAGACUUUUUUUUUUCAUGUUAUGAACUAGCACGUAUAUACCCCUGGUAGGAUAAUUUUGAGGAAUUGCGGGUGCCAUUUAUGGCAGGAUUAGAUUGCAAAGCAAUGAACUCGAGAAGGAAUUAGAAAUAAGGAGGGACAGGAUGGGGAGGGAGUUACAAAAUAAUCUCGGUGCGACCGAACCAUUUUGGAUGGAGAAGCGUCCUUGCUCCUGACCACCUGUUUAGUUACUAAGUCAGGAGCGUUGCUGGGUCUCUAGUGACAACUCUUGCUGUCUACAGUAGCUGCUACCUAAAAGAGAUGAUGGUUUUUUGCCCGUUGGACACAGGUGAUUGGAUCCUGGGGUUUCACGUUUCUCGACAUCUUGCUUCUUCUUCCAAACGUGGUUCGUUGCAGACACCACCCAAUUUUUAUCUAAAAGGGGCAAUCUAGCCACGGGCCAUCCC